AUGAAGCAAUUGGAAUGUGCCUUAGCUUCUGCUGAUGGUUCGGCACAAAGCUGGAAUGAAGUGUACCAACAUCCCAAGCCUUGUGCUUCCUUGAAGGCGUACAAGAAACGUUUUCGCUUGACUCAAAAGAUUGAGACCGAAGCUCUGGAAUCUUUAGAGGGUCGACAUGUUCUUGAAUCACUUCCACACGACUGUGGUUUGAAACCUGGUAUGCUGGAGAAGUACGUCGCUGCUUGCGGUUUGGACGUGGACAUAGGUGUUGGAAGUUUGGUCUUGGCCUUGAACCGCUUGGAGGGCGUCGUCACGCUGAGCUCUUGCAAUUCAUUUCAUGUGGGUGCCCAUGAGGACAAGGAAGAAGCUCUGGUGGCUUUUACUGGACCCAAGGAUCUGGCCCAGCGCUUGCAACGGGACUUGGGGGAUCACUUCCGAUGCUCGCGGGAGGAUGUAGUUCAGCCACAGAAAGUGGGCAUGCGAGCACAGAAAUUUGCCAGUUACAUCGUCUUUUCCGAUGCGCUAAAGGAUGGACGUCCGGAUGCCGUGCAACGGAUGCGUGACAUGAUGAUGCUGGCUGAGCGCGUCGACCAGUUGGUGCGCUCACCACUGGAUGGAGAGACAUGGCAAGCUCCACCGGUGGGCGCCUGGGAUGGCCUGGCCAUGGAGGUUUCGGUUGAGGAAGCUGAGUUGAAACGCCUGGGGCAGCAGUGGUCCCAAGGGAAGCCCUGCCGUGUCAGUGUCGUGAAGGCUUUUCCAGCUGAUGAGUUGGAUGAUUUGAGGGAUCAGCUGGUGUCGGAACUGAAAGGUCUGCAAGCCAUUGAAACUCAGCAUAGUGGCUCUGGUGCUGCCUUUUUGCGAGAUCGAGGAAACGAUCACAGCACUGAAAGUAUUGCGUGCGACAUUUGA